GCGGGAGCCACGUCCAUGUGACGUUUACAACGCGGGAAUGUUUUCGAAUUCCGAAUUCGAAUUUAACGGUUUGUUUUUUAGCGCGAUUAACGUAUGCCAGUGCGAAUCUGUGAUUGAAAAUUUAGUGUAAACUUUUUGGAAAGUUUGAAAAUAUUUUUGUGUUGUGAACUUUUGAAUCGAACUGUGAGAAUUUUGGAUAUGUACAAUGGCGGACUAUAAUGAUACGUUACUAUUAAACGACACUGACACCUACAAGCCGUACUCGCAACGGCCUGAGACGUACAUCGUGCCCAUUCUCUUUGCUUUCAUCUUCAUCAUUGGAGUCGUUGGCAAUGGGACCCUCGUUGCUGUGUUCGUGAGGCACAAGGCGAUGCGCAAUGUGCCUAACACAUAUAUCUUAUCCCUCGCCCUGGCUGAUCUGCUGGUGAUCAUAUCUUGCGUACCGUUUACCUCCGUGGUCUACACUCUGGAGUCCUGGCCGUGGGGAGUCACGGUCUGCCGGCUGUCUGAAGCUGCGAAGGAUAUCAGCAUUGGCGUGUCAGUGUUCACGCUGACAGCGUUGUCAGCGGAUCGGUAUUUCGCGAUCGUGGACCCGCUGAGAAAACUACAUGCUACUGGUGGAAGCAAGCGGGCGACCCGUGUGACAGUUGCUACUGCGAUCGGCAUAUGGUUGCUGGCGGGAGCCAUGGCCGCUCCGGCGUACAUUGGAUCUUAUUUACGAGAAUUCGUCGUUAAUCCAACAAAAAAGUUUCUCGUCUGCUACCCAUACCCCGUGGAGUGGGGAGACCAGUACCCAAAGGUGAUGGUACUAAUGAAGUUCCUUGUAUACUACUCCAUGCCCCUGGCUGUGAUCGCGCUUUUCUAUAUCCUGAUGGCAAGACACCUCGUGCUGAGCACUCAGAACGUACCAGGGGAAAUGCAGGGCACCCAGAGACAGAUGCGAGCACGGCGAAAAGUCGCGCUCACAGUACUGGCUUUCGUGCUAGUUUUUGCAGCUUGUUUUCUUCCAACUCAUGUCUUUAUGUUGUGGUUCUACUACUGUCCCACAGCGCAAUACGACUUCAACGCUUGGUGGGCGGCACUUCGCAUUGUUGGCUUCUGCCUGUCCUUCCUCAACAGCUGCGUCAAUCCGAUCGCCCUCUAUUGCACUAGUGGGAUAUUUAGGAAGCAUUUUAACAGAUACCUCUUCUGCCGUACUCCAUCAGCACACGGGACCCGGGGCUCCCUCUCUCUCUCGACUUCUAGAAGACUCCAUUCCAGCAGAAAGACCAAUAUCAGCAUGGUGCCAAGAACAACGAGUGUCGGCCGGGACAGCAGCAUUCGUCUAUUGAACAACGGCUCUUCGAAACUCUGAGAAAGGCAUCGUUCGCGAUCCAUUGCGAACACUCCAGAUUAUCGUUUUAAUAUGUAGACCGUAAAAUACUCGGAUUUCAUCCACGAUAAUACAGCUGAAUAUGACUGUGUUGAAAUAAACAGCUCUAACUUCUGAGCAGCACAAAUAUUUAUUAACAGAUUAUAAAAUGUAAGAAGAUGUCAAAUGUCAAAAUGUCAAAUAGCGACAUAAGUUCGGAUUCAUAACAGUGUCGUGUUGUGACGUGAUGCAUCAGAGAUUUAUUGAAAUCGAAUUGUGUCACUAUGCUAAUGUAAUAACGUUAAAAAUGCAAAAAAAUAUAUCUGAUGGUUCAUAACACAACACGGACCAAACACGGAGACAGGUUAUGUUAUAAAUUAAUUUUAAUUGUGUAAAAAAUUAAUGACGCAGUUACCUGCGAUGCACAGUAACAUAUAAAAAAUAAUUUAUAAGUUAUAUACGAAUAAUACAUAAAUAAAUAGAGCUAUUCAAUCAAUAAAAAAUAUGCGUCAAACGCAAAAUCUUUCUUGAUUAAUUCAAUAUAAGUAAGGAAACUCCAUUCCAUUAGUUUCAUAACUAAGUGUUGUGAAACUUAUGGAAGCUGAAACAUAGUGGAAAUUGGUUUUUAACGUUUAAAUAAAAUUGAUGUCGUGAUUAAUAAGUGGUUUGCAUUAAAUGUACGAAUAAUCGUGUACCAUUGUCGGUGGCACCAAAAACGUGGGAAACCACAAUGCACACAAACUUUGAUUACCGUAAUGUGUGGUUUAACUUUUUUACGAUGUAUUUGUUUUUUUUUUUUUAGCAAAUACUGUAACAAAUCGCACAAAUAUUCUGAGUAUAUCCACUGAAUUUGAGGAUGCUAAGUAAUUUAAUUGAUUUGUA